GUGCGGCGGUUGGCGGCGCAGGCGCACUGGCGCCCCCUUCCCCCCCGCCCCCCGCCCGGGAGCAGAGCAAAGCAGAAGAUGCUGUUGAUGGCGGAGCGGGAGCUUCGUUGGAGCUAGAUCCUCGGUGACAUGGGUAACGAGAACAGCUUGGAAACCGGCGAGCUGGGCCCGAUAUCCACGCCGGGAGGCGGCGGCGGAGGAGGCGCACAACCGCUGAAAACACCCGCGGCCCCCAACGGAGCGCCCGGAGGGCGAGCGACGGCAGGCGGCAGUGCAAGACCACAUCAGAGUAUUCAGCUUGGUCAGCCCGAUGUGAAAACUGAGAUCCUCCAACAAACUAUUCCCAACAAUGAAAGUGCUCGAAGAAUGCAAAAUCAAGAUCGCUCUACACAAUCUAUACAACAAGACCAGCGGAGGAAUCUCCAAGUUGACACAAAUAUGAAAAGAACAGAAAAAUUCCAUUCUGCAUCCCCAGAUAGAGGAAGUGCUCCGACCUCUCCUUAUUCAGUACCCCAGAUAGCUCCGCUGCCCAGCAGUACGCUGUGUCCUAUUUGUGCAACUACAGACCUGAACUCUUCUCCAAAACAGCCAAACUUCAACACUUGUACUCAGUGUCAAUCAGUAGUGUGCAAACAGUGUGGGUUUAACCCUAAUCCUGAUAUUACAGAGGUAGAGGAAUGGUUGUGCUUAAACUGUCAGAUGCAGAGAGCACUGGGAAUGGACAUGACGACUGCACCACGCUCCAAGAGUCAUCAGCAGCUACACUCUCCAUCACACCAGCCCAAAGCAGAACCACAAGCAAAUGUGCUGAGGCAGUCUCAAUCAGACCAUAUCCCCCAAAAAGGAAGGACCACUCCGGUAAAAAGGGAACUUCCAAAAGUGCCAUCUGAUGUGCAGAGCAGACCUGAGACCAAGAUUCAACCGAGUCAGAGUGAGCAGCGAGGGUCAGCACCUGAUCAAUCUCAACCACACCUUCAUGGUCAACCAAAGCCUGUUGGCCAAACAGAGGCAACCCGGCCUAUCGGUCAGAGUCAGCAAACUAAGCCUCCCGUUGCAGAACAGAGGAAAACAGCAGAUGGCUCACCGGCAAGAACACAAGCUGGCCCCACCAGUAUACCCCAAGACCAGGAGGGCAUAACUGGUAAACUCUUUGGGUUUGGAACUUCACUUUUAAACCAGGCUACAAAUCUAAUAUCCACACAGCCAGAACAGACUCCACCAAGUCAACAAUCACCCGCCAAAGGGUCAUCAGCUAAGCAGGCUCCAAAAAUAGUUUUCAGUGAUCAAAGCACAGAAAUAAGUUCAAAGUUACAGGGUUCGAUUCCAGGAAUUCAAAUUAAAACUGGAGAUGUCUCUUCAUUUAAACAAGGAAAACCAGAGCCGGUUAUUCAACAGAAAGUAGCCAAGCCCAAAGUAUUGUGCCCACUAUGUAAAACAGAACUGAACGUGGGAUCAGGUCAGUCCCCCAACUUUAACAACUGCACUGAAUGCAAAGUCCAAGUGUGCAACUUGUGUGGCUUCAAUCCAACUCCGCAUCUGAUAGAGAAAAAAGAGUGGCUCUGCCUGAACUGUCAGACUCUGCGGCUAAUGUCUGGGAAUUUAGGAGAUGCGUCUCUUCCUGCCCCACCAUCUGCUUUAAAACCACAACCAGCAUUAUCAUCACACCCGCAAGGGCAAAUGGGUGCCAGUAUGCAACAAAGGAAAGGGAGCAGUCAACAGCAGCAAGUUGGAUCUGUGCAACAAAUUCAGCAGCAGGUCCCUCCAGCAGCAGGUCAACAAUUCUCACCGCAGAAGGGACCGUCAACACUGAAGUUAACAAAACAGUCCACACCAACAAAACAGCAAGGUCCGUUGGUUGUAGGUAAACAGCAAACGCAGCAAAUGCAUCCUGGACACACUGAGCCCCAGAAGCUUUCCCAGACUGCAGACCCAAACAGGUCACAGUCAGCUAAAACAAAGCCAAAACCUGCAGUGCAGAACACUACCGUGUCUGUACCAUCAAAAGUGAUCAGCACAGAAAAGAAAGUGGACCCUUCAAAGGAAAUCACCCAGGCAGCCGAUCUGCAAAAAGUAAAAAUGCAAGAGGAGUUCAGCAAAAGCUAUCCUCAGGAGCAGUCACGCAGCCCACAGAGCUUAAGUGAUACAGGCUACUCAUCUGAUGGCAUAUCAAGCUCCCAAAGUGAGAUCACAACUUUGCUGCACCAUGAGGGGCAAAAACUUAAUGAAUCUGGUCUCACACCACACAGUCCGACGAGCCCUUCAGAAUUUACCAAGUUGGAGAGCACCAUGCGGCCAUUGCUGGAAUCGCAAAAUGUUCGAGAUCGUGCGAAAGGAGGACGGACUGUUUCCGAUUCAAGUGAGACACAAAUACAGCAAGAUAGGCUACAGUCACUUCCAGUUACACCAGAGUGUUAUAGUUCUGAUGAAGAACUUGAAGAUAUACAAGAGGAGGAUGAAGAUACUUUGGAAUGGGAAAACCAAAGGGAGCGAAGAGAAAGUCUAGAAUCGCUUGAUGAGUUUGGCAGAAAACUGCAGCAUGACUACACUCAGAGAGGCAGUGAAAGUGCAAAACCACCUCCUCAAGCUCAUCCCGCAAAUGCAGGUGCAGAGUUAACAGAUGAGGAGUUUAUGCGAAGGCAGCUCUUGGAAAUGAGUGCAGAAGAGGACAAUUUGGAAGAUGAGGACUUGGGCAGUCAUACAUGCCAUGUUAGUAUGAAAAAGAGUAAAAAACCUAACUCAGAAUCCAAAAAACAAAGUAUUUCAAAGAGACAUCAGAAUCUUAAUGCAACCAGCAGUUAUGAAGGUACAUCAAUGGAAAAUUAUGGGCAAGAAGAAAGCCAGUCAUGGCAAGAACAGAAGGAACACGAUGAUACCCAUGCAGAAUCUAUAAAUCAAGCGGAAGACUCAGUGGGGGAACCAGCUGGAUUACGGCGUUUUAAGACUAUUGACUUGAACACCACAAAUACCUAUACAAGUAGAAGUAUUGAAGUUUGCAAUGAAGCAGAUCUUAAUACUGACAGAGAACCUGAACUUGAGAUGGAAAGUUUAACAGGGUCACCAGAUGAAAAGUCUAAGGGUGAAUAUUCAUCCACAUUGCCUGCCUCAACACCUACAUUAUCAUCGGGCACGUCCCCUACCUCUGUCUCGUCGCUCGAGGAAGAUAGUGAUAGUAGUCCAAGUCGAAGGCAUAGACUUGAGGAAGUUAAACAGCAGAGAAAGGCAAGACAUCGUUCACAUGGGCCUCUGUUGCCAACCAUUGAGGACUCUUCUGAGGAAGAAGAACUACGGGAAGAAGAAGAGCUUCUUCGAGAACAGGAGAAAAUGCGUGAAGUUGAACAGCACCGUAUCAGAAGCACAGCAAGGAAAGCAAAGAGGGAUAAAGAAGAAUUGAGGGCACAAAGAAGGCGUGAAAGAUCCAAAACACCACCAAGUAAUCUUUCUCCCAUUGAGGAUGCUUCUCCCACAGAGGAGUUGCGUCAAGCUGCAGAAAUGGAAGAACUUCAUCGUUCAAGCUGCUCUGAGUAUUCACCAACCAUGGAUUCUGAAGCUGAAGGUUUUGAAAUAACAACCUGUAGGUUGUACAAGUCAGGUAGUGAAUACAACCUCCCUUCAUUUAUGUCCUUGUAUUCUCCAACGGAAAAAUCAUCAAAUUCGGCAGCAAAUCAAAAACCAUUGAAAAGCGCAGAGGAAGCAUAUGAGGAAAUGAUGAAAAAGGCUGAAAUGCUAAAGUCACAGCAACCAACACAAGACACGUCUUAUAGCAGCGCUUAUCAGCCAGAUGAUUACAUUGAGAAUAAUUACAAAUACCAAUCAUCAGAUAAGUCCAAUUACUCAAAGAGUGAGAUACCAUUACCCCAGCCAACCAUAAAAACAGAGCCUCAGAAAGCAAAGCGGGAUAAAGAAGAAUUGAGGGCACAAGUACAUGAGGACACAUCAAAGACUGGAGCACAAACUCCCAAAUUGUCCCAUUCACCAUCACUUGACCUUCGCCUCCAGCAACAAAAUGCCCAAGUGCAAAAUCUUGAGCGGUCUCACCAGGAAAAGAAGCUUCUUGAUGCACAAAGUGCUUAUAUUGAACUCGCAAGGCAAACGGAUGCACUCCUUACACCUGGCACAAGUCCCACACAGUCAUCUGCCCCAAUUUCUUUUAUAACAUCCAACAGUAAUAGAGGCAUCCCUGAUGUUCGGGUAACGCGGUAUUUCACCAGAGACAUGCAGGAACAAAGCCAUACUGCAAAACCCAUGGGAACAAAUGUUAACAAUUCACAAAUAGCUACGGCUUCUUACACAACGUACAAUAAAAGAUCAGCUGUGACAGUGGCCACUGCAGUAGUGGGUCUGUCCUCCAGUAGUGCAGGGUCUAUAGAUCGAUCUGCAGGAUACAGUCAAAUAAGACCUUCAGAUCCUGGAAUGUCAGCACAUUACAAUACUCAAAGUAAUAAUACUUCUGGGGCUAAGAAAUUUGGUGAAUCAUAUGGGUUGUCAAGCACUGAUGGGACAUCCACACAAACAACUGAGAACUUUUUCAAAAGUUCCAGUUCUGAAGGACCUAUUUCCCCUUCUGUACAGAGAUCUAUCGCUCGAAUAAACAUGUCGACAAGUCCUAUGGCAGGUAGUAAAUCAACUGCAGAAUUUUCAACGCAGACUUCAAAUAACAGAGUUUUGUCACCUUCCAGCAUGGGCAUGGCUUCAACACCAUCCACAGUGAUGGCACAAGGAACUCAGACUUCAGUGAGGUCAUCCCGCCUCACCAGGCAAAUAUCCUCUCCUGACUCCACGUUCAUGGUCAUUACUCUGGCAUCAAACAUUUCGUCCUCAUCCCAGCCAUUAACUGUUAAUUCAGCUACUUCCCCCAGCAACUCACCUACGAGGCUGAGUCGGCAACAAAGCCUACAGGGCUGGACGCAGCCGAUGAUUGCUUCAUCACAUCAGCAGAUGCAGAUGCAAAUGCAGUCCAUGUACAACAAGUCUUCUUCACAAGGUGAUCGAGUAUCUAUAAUUCAGCCAUUGCAGAGAGGGCAAAUAUCAUCGGUUAUCACGGCUUCUAAUAUGGUUGGCCCAGGUUUAGAAAAUACUUCCUUAAAUGAAGUUUCAAGGACAUGUAGCUCAAUUGUAGAUCUUCGAACAGCUAUUAAGUCACCUCCUGUCAUAAUAACAGAUCAUGGCAUGGAUUUGACAUCCUUGGCUACGGAAAGUAGGAAAUACUCGCUUGAAUCAGACCAACUUCCAUCUCGUCAAUCCACUGCUGUGCAGCCAUUAAUCAUGAAUCUUAAUGUGCAGGAACAUCCACAAAUAAGCACAACUGCUACAACAAGCAUGGGGAUAACAAUAACGUCAUCAAUGGUAAUUUCACAGACAAAAGUGCCGAAGAUAUAUGGCGAUCCUUUCCAGAAUCGUAUGGACCUAGGUCAUGGUACUGCAAAAGCAAUUUGUCUCAUGCAAACAAAACAGCUAGAAUCAAUGGUUCAACCCCCUCCUGGUAUAGAGAGUGGAAGCAACAUUGAUAUGGCAACUGUUAUGGCAAGAUCAGAUCUAGAUAGUCAAAUCCAACCACAUUUUGCUCGAUUUAACUUGGCUAAUCAAAUGACUCCGGUGCGUAAAGUUGACAUUUUAGUGAAUCAGAGCAACAUCAAUAAUGCCAUAAAUAUUAGUGCCAUUCCUAAGCCAUUACCUCAAGACAGUGCUUUUAUUGCCUCACAGGUAAACAAAGAAGCAUCUCUGGAAUUAAAGCCAUCUGCUCCCCUAGCCAACGUGCAUGCAGUGAAAAUACAUGAUACACUGGUGCAACUGGACAACACAGCAGCUGGCACUGUCACAAAGUUGAUAAAAGAUGAUCACCCGUCCAAUGUAAUGGAUUUGACAGGACCAAAACCAGAAGGGGCUGUUUGUUGUGACGUUGUGUAUAAAUUUCCUUUUGCUGAUAGCUGCACAGGUUCAUUUAACCAAGGAUCACAAGUCCCAGAGCUAGCAACAUAUGAACCACAACAAAGUCAAAGGAAAACUGCUCAUCAAUACUAUGACAACAGAAUUCAGGAACCUGUUGAUAGUUACCACUAUAAAGAACCCAUGGCUGCUUACAAGGACGGUCUUAACUUGUAUGAAGAGCACAAAACAUUUCCGAUGGUAUUCUCUGGUCGACUGCACUCAUCUAUGUCAGACUCCAAUCUGCUGGAGUCCAGCAUUAAUUACAAUUUAUUAAAAAACGAAUCUCUUUAUCACCCAACUGGAGGUGAUAUGGCUGUAGAUCUGAGUACAAUGAAAAAUCCCUACGGUUUAUCAUUUAAUCAGGCAAGGGACUGGGGUCUUGGAAUGCAGUAUGGCUCCUUCACUGAUCUUAGACAGCAGUCUGAUAUCCUCAGCCAACCCCCACCGAUCAGAAGAUAUAGUUCAAUGUCUAAUAUUAACUCAGAUUAUGGAUAUUCGAUGCGCGAUGAUCUGUCAAAUUUUCAGGAGGCCAGUUUGGCCCAUUACAGUGCGACCACUGCUCGGGAAAUCAGCAGGAUGUGUGCAGCUUUGAAUUCCAUGGACCAUUAUGGAAGCCGGUACGCAAACAGUUCAGAUUCUAUGCAGUAUGGGACACCUGAUCCAAAUGCACGAUGCGAUGGGCUUUCAAGAAGCAGUAUGAUGAUAAACCAACAAGGAAUGUCUCCAGUAAAACAAAACCUGAUGUACAAUCCAACAUUCUCUGAUUCUCGGCGGCGCAUUGCAGCUCGUGGCUAUGGCAGUGUGCCACAUGCUGUACGCAUGAGAUCUGUAAGCCAGAUGUAUCCUCCAACUGCAUCUGUGAGAGCACCGGACGGCAUGAUUUACUCUACAAUCAACACCCCAAUUGCUUCCACUCUUCCUAUUACAACGCAGCCAUCAUCUAUCCUGCGCCCUAUGUUGAGAGGUAUUUACAGACCCUAUUUGCCUGGUGGUGUCACAGCGGUGCCUUUAGCCAGGUUGACCAGACUUCCCCUCGUUGCACCACGGAUGCCUGCCGCAACUUCCCCAAUGUAUCGGUAUCUGCCACCAAACAAAUUUACUGGCGUUUCUACAACUUCAGCAGGUGAAACACCAAUCUAUCUGGGAAAGCCUGGUACAGAUCCCACAGCUAAUGUUAAAACUGCAGGUAUGAAUGUCAUUCAAAAUGUACCAAGUCAAACCAUGCAGAGGCCUGAACAAAGUGAUAUUGCUCAACAACAAAGUGCUUUAGCUUCCAUGGCCCAGAAAUUUAACGCUGAGGCUAAUCAGUCUAAACAGCAGCCAGACUUGGGGAUCUUGCGGCAGCAGCAACAACUCCAGCAACAGCUUCAGCAGCAUCAGCAACUGCAGCAACAAUUCCAGCAACAAUUGCAGCUUCAGCAGCAGCAACUGCAACAGAAUCAUCAGCAGCAAGUGCAGCAGCAGCACCAACAGCCAGUGCAGCAACAUCAACAACAGCCAGUGCAACAGCACCAACAGCCAGUGCAACAGCACCAACAGGCAGUGCAACAGCACCAGCAGCCAGUGCAACAGCAAAUGCAGCAGCAUCAACAGCAGCCAGUGCAGCAUCAACAACAGCCAGUGCAGCAGCAUCAACAACAGCCAGCAAGUGCAACAGCAGCAACAACAACAGCAAAUGCAGCAGCAUCAACAGCAGCAACUGCAGCAACAACAACAGCCACAGCAGCAGCAUCAACAACAGCCAGUGCAACAGCAUCAACAACAGCCGGUGCAACAGCAUCAACAACAGCAGCCAGUGCAACAGCAUCAACAACAGCCAGUGCAACAGCAUCAACAACAGCCAGUGCAACAGCAUCAACAACAGCCAGUGCAACAGCAUCAACAACACCCAGUGCAACAGCAGCAACAACACCCAGUGCAACAGCAGCACCAACAGCCAGUGCAGCAGCAGCAACAAUACCCAGUGCAACAGCAGCAGCAUCACCAACAGCCAGCGCAGCAGCUACACCAACAACCAGCGCAAGCAGCUACAGCAAGUGCAGCAGCAUCAACAACAGCCAGUGCAGCAGCAGCAACAACAGCCAGUGCAGCAGCAUCAACAGCAGCCAGUGCAGCAGCAUCAACAGCAGCCAGUGCAGCAGCAGCAGCAACAACAGCCAGUGCAGCAGCAGCAACAACAGCCAGUGCAGCAUCAUCACCAACAACCAGCGCAGCAGCUACAGCAAGUGCAGCAGCAUCAACAACAGCCAGUGCAGCAGCAGCAGCCAACAGCAAGUGCAACAGCAGCAUCAACACACAGAGAAGCAGCAAAAUCAGGACCGAGAACAGCAUGAACAGAAAGAGCAGCAGCUACAAAAGCAGUUGCAGCAAUUGUUGCAGCAACAACUGCAUCAACAGAAGCAGCAGGAGGCUCAGCAGAGCGAUGCUGCAAGGACUGGUGCCAGUCGGAGGAAGCAGGAAGAAAAAGAGGAAGAGCACCAGCGAAAGCAACAGCAAGAUCAUAUUCUGUUCAUUGAGCGGGAACGUGUGGAGCUGGAAAAGCUGAGGCACCAACGUCUGCAGGAAGAGCUGGAGCGCCAGCGGUUGGAGUUGCAGCGGCAUCGGGAGAAUGAGCAGAUCAUUGUGCAGCGUGAACUUCAGGAGCUGCAGACCAUCAAGCAGCAGGUUCUACACCAGCAGCAGGAGGAGAGGCAGGCCCAGCUUGUUUUACAGCGGGAGCAGCUGGCACAGCAGAGGCUGCAGCUGGAACAGAUUCAACAGCUGCAGCAGCAACUCCACCAUCAGAUGGAAGAGCAGAAGGUCCGAAAUACCGUAAGUUUUCCCUCAGUCUGUGAUGCAUCUGGUAGAAUCCACCCACACCCUAUGACAGAGAUGGCUAUUGAGAUGCAAAAAGCAAUCCCACAAAGUGGACAGUACUGGCCUGUAAACCAAGGCUAUGUAGAAGGUGCCUCAGUUCCCACAACGGGCCAAGAAACAUAUCUAUCCCCACAUCAUAGAGUGAUGAUGGAGCCACCACAUCGGUCCACUUCUGAACUUUCCCUUCGACCUGAAGAGCACUUGGAAAAUAGAGGCAUCAGGAAACGAAAUUCAAUGCCUAGAUUAAGGGAUGCUUAUGAGGGAAAUGAUUCAUCAUUGCGCGACCAGUUUGUUGUUAAGAAAAUAGCAGACUGCAGUGUACAAACUGAUGACGAGGAAGCAGAAGAAAGCUACUACAUGGCUCGUCGGAGAAGAACUAAGCGGAGUGUGGAUUGCAGUGUGCAAACAGAUGAUGAAGAUAAUGGAGAAAUGGAGCAACCUACUCGCAGGCGCCGCUCCAGAUUCUCAAAGCACUCGGAUUCAAGCACAGAAAGCAAACGAGAAAUGUUAAAGGCGACGACGUCGAGUAUUGCCAUACAAACGGUCAGUGAUUGCUCUGUACAAACAGAUCCAAAUGAGCUUGGACCAGUUUCACCUGCCAUCCACAUCACGCCUGAUCCACGUGUGGAAAUUGUGAGGUAUAUAUCUGCUCCUGAGAAGACCCGCAAAGGAGAGAGUCUUGGUUGUCAGACUGAGCCUGAAGCACAGCCACAGGGCAUCGUUGGUCCUCACUUUGCAAGUUCUAACACUGUUAAUCCCUACUCUACUAACAUACAGAUUGUAACACCCGGCCCACUGGAUCAAACCAAUGUCAGGCAGCAAGGAAUCAUGAUUGUUCCAAAGUUUGACAAAAAGAAACCAGAUCCUUUGGAAAUAGGAUAUCAAUGUCACCUUCCACCUGAACGUUUGCCUCAAAUGAUUCGCCAGCCUCCUAAGUCUCCGCAGGUGCUGUAUUCUCCUGUAUCACCACUGUCCCCACAUCGGCUAUUAGAUACAUCCUUUACUUCUUGCGAGAAGCUAAAUAAAGCCCACGUCACUCCACAGAAACAUUUUACCACAGAGUCACCUAAACGACAACAAGGUCUGCCUCGGCCAAUCAAGGUGAUGCAGCGCUCCAUGUCGGACCCAAAGCCUGUCAGCCCGACUUCAGAAGAUUCCGGAAAACUGAGAUUUUUUGUUCCUCAUCAACAAGAUCUAUAUGGAAGUCAGAUUGGAAUCUUACAGCAAAGCACUCUGAAGAAAGUGAAAAGAACACUUCCAAGUCCCCCACCUGAAGAAAUUAUGCAUGGUAGUGUACCACUUCAUCCACAGUUAUUUGGUUCCUCACUGCCUCGCAAACGGGGACCCCUACCUGACCAGAUCACUCGUGAUAAACUCCUAAAGGAUAUCAGUCACGAACUGGAAAAAGUAGAGCAAGAAUCAAACAAACUUCAAAAAAAACAGGCAGAGCUUGAUGAAGAGGAAAAAGAAAUUGAUGCAAAACUACGAUACAUCGAGCUGGGAAUCAAUCGAAGGAAGGACUCUUUUGUCAAAGAUCCAACAAAGCGAGAUAUGGGUUAUGUACGGGGUCUGGGGGAAGACAGGGAUUAUAUGUCGGACAGUGAAGUUAGUAAUGUCAGAAUGUCUUCAUACAAUAGCAACAAUGUCGUAGCUAGACCUCACACUGCUCCAGUUAAUCAGUACUCUGAAUUUUCAAUAGCCCAGCACCCAACCACAUCUCAUUAUCCUCCAUUACAGGUCACUCCUCAGGGUAUGACAAACUAUCAACAUGGAGGAUAUCAACAACUCCAUUAUGCAGUUCCCAAUACUUACCCACCACAAAACAAUUAUCAGUCUCAUCCCACUUUACAUUCUCAAAACACCUUUCAGCCACAGCAAUAUCCGCAGAACACAAACUACCAGACUGACAGUAAUUUACAGAACAUGGUUGGAUUUCAGACACCUAACCAGUACAAUACUCAUACCACCUAUCCAAAUCCAGGUCCCUUCCAACCUGCUCAGUAUCAGCCACAGGCAAACGUCCCAACACAACAUCAGAAGCCAAGGCAGACAUCAUUGGCUGAUCUUGAACAGAAGAUACCCACCAAUUAUGAAGUAAUUGGUAACACAAAUGUAAUUAUUUCUGCAGCUCCAUCUGAGAAGGUGUACACAACGACAACAGUGAGUAACAACUAUGACCAAUACAAGAACACAGAGUUGAGAGUUGCUGAUAGUGGAAGUGCAAUUGAAAGUCCUUCAACUAACUAUUCAGUGGAUUCCCUGUACGCAAACCUAGAGCACAAUAUUUCUCGCAAUUAUGUUAUGAUUGAUGAUAUAAGUGAAUUGACCAAAGAGAAUACCUCAGCAACGGAAACUCAGAAAGUAGAACCACCUCCUCAACCUAAUAAUACAAGACAUGUAAAAGAAAAGAAUGACUUCAUGGAGACAACCAAUUCUAAUAGAACCCAUGCAUACAAUAAAGCUGGUGAUGACUCAGAGGAAGACAUGUAUGACCCCCAAGUAGCAGACCAUCGAGGAAAGAAUGGAUACCAAAGGAAUUCAGAUAGCCAUGGCAGAAUAUCAAAUAGCUCAGGUGGAUCGCCCUAUUACUAUGCAGAUAGCAAUCAUAAACAUUCCCCCCGAACAGACAAGCACAAUUCUUCUUAUGGCUCACAAAAGCAUCCAUCGAAGCAGCAAGCUCCCGCCGUGGUGUCAACCAAACGCAGCAAACACAGAAAACAAAAUAUAGAACAGAAAAUCUCCAAGUUUUCACCGAUAGAGGAAGCUAAGGACGUAGAAUCUGAUUUUGCUUCGUAUCCUACAACAUCAGCAACAGGGAACACUGUAAUACUGAAGGCACAGAAGCUUCAAGAUGAGAUAACAUACGGUCUCAAGAAGAAUAUUUAUGAACAUCAGAGAUAUACUGGUCAUGGCAGCAGAGAAUCGCUGCAGGAUUCUGAGAGAGGCUACAACAACGGCAACAGAUCAAGGUCUUCCUCAAUGUAUGGAAUGGAUAAGUCUGGAAGAGAAGCUGCUAGUCCUCGAAGUAAAUCUUAUGAAAGGGAUGCAAUGGAACGGUCUCAAAAGGCAGGAAUGGGCCAUAGUCGACGUUGUCCGAUAAGAGCUCAAGCAUCCCAAGACGAAGGUCCUUUGAGUCCUGUGGGAAGUCAGAUGAAUGCAAGACACUCUAGAGAACCACUCCCACCAAACGUUGUUGACAGCCGAUCUCAGUUUGGCUCUAGCCACUCCCUGCCUGAUGUGCAGGAUGGAAAAGAGACAUCACGUAGCCAUACUUACAGAGAGGAUGACGGUUAUGUCAUGGAUGAUAUGCACUGUGCUGUGUCUGACAGCGAAGCCUAUCACUUGGGCCAAGAGGAGACAGACUGGUUUGAGAAGCCAAGGGAGCGUUCUAGGCAUUACGGUGGACAGUCUUCGUCACAGAGACGUGGCUACCGAACCCAUCCACGGCGUGACUAUGAUGAGCCAACAGAAGACUCAUGGCACUCGGCAGAUCGUUCACAGUCACGCUAUUCCUCGAAGGAGCACCAGAAGCAGUCUGCAUAUCAGUACGGGGAGCCUGCCCGCCAUUCGUCACGCCAUGCAGUUGAAGAACCAUCUCGAAAGUCAUCGAGGCAGCAUGCAAAAGAGCAAUUUCGCCAAGAAUCCCGGCAAUAUUCUCAACAGUCUUUGCCGAAAAGAAGCCAACAAUCGGAGCAGAGAUCGCAACGAGACGCUCACCUUGGUUCUGCAGAAUGGACCCAGCCUCGAUCAUCUUCCGGGCACCACGUGGAUGCCGAGCCGCCACGAGCCCAGAAGCACUCGCAGCAACAGCAACAGUUAACCAGAAAACAGGCAGAAUCUCCAUCCCCCCAACAGCAAGCACGGACCCAGCACAGUCAGCCUCCUCCAGCACGGCAAAAUCAUUCACAGCAGCCGGCGCGGCAGUCAGCGUCACAAGCCCGACAGCCUCAACCAUCCCAAGUGCAGUCACCAUCACAAGUACAGCCACAACAACAGCAACAGCGCCAACCUCAGCCACAGCAACGGGCACGGCAGCCUCAGCAGCAGCAGCCUCAGCAGCAGCAGCCUCAGCAGCAGCAGCCGCAGCAGCAGCAGCAGCAGCAGCAGCAGCAAGCACGGGCUCCGCAACAAGAGCCACGGCAAACCCAGCAGCAGCAGCAGCAGCCACAACAACAAAAACAGCAGCAACCACAGCAGCAACCACAGCAGCAGCCUCCACAGCAGCAGCCACAGCAGCCACCACAGCAGCAGCCGCCACCACAACAGGCACAGCAGCAACAGACAGUUCAGCAACCAGUCGGGCAACAACAGCCUCAACCUCAACCUCAACCCCAGGCACAACAGCCACAAACAAGGCCUACCAUGGCAAAGGUGGAUCAAACAACGACUGCAAAGCCUACAGUAAAACAAGCCGCUGCACCGCAAAGAGCUGCUAACGUACCAGGUUCAAAAGCAGGCGAAGAAAAAGAGGGUGAUAUUGGAGCUUUUGUUACCAAGAUGUUGCCAGGAGCAGCUGCUGAGCAGGCUGGGAAGCUGACUGAAGGCAUCGCUUCUUUUGGCCGUAAAUUAACAUCAUUUUGGUGAUCGCACUGCUCUAAGGAAAGAUAGUGUGGGAUUGGAGAAAGGUGUAACAUACUGGAAAAACCUAUGAAGAAUCAGAAAACAUUCAAUAAGAAACUUAAGAACAUGGGACUCUGUGUAUACUGUAAUGAGGAAGAGGCACAAUUGAGACCUGAAUGGCAGCAGGAUAGUAAAUAUGCACAUCAAAUGGAGCAACUGUUUUUUCCAAGCCUGGCAGAAGGACUGCAGAACAUCUUCAGUAUUGAAGGCCAGACAGCAACAGGAAGCCACGAUUCCGUGCGAGGGCAGAGAAUGAAUUACCUCACUGUCUUAACACGGCACUGCAGGAAAAAUUACCCCAGCAUCUGACAGCUUUGCCAAGGAUUGUCCCAUAGUGGAAAUAGUAAGCCAAAGCUCGUCAGUGUCUGUCUAUGCAAUGUGAAGAGGAAAACGCGUCUGAGAAGAAACGUCAUAAUUUGCUGAGACUUUAAACAAGGUUGGCUGUGCCUUAUGUAUUUUGCAGGUUGGCUGAAGAAGCUUUUUCGAGAAUCUGAUGUCUUUGGUUCUCAGGAUAACUUUACACAUGGGCACAGAAAGAAAAUUUGGAAGCCAACAUUUGACCAAGUUCAAACUGCUUGUUUGGUGGAAUUUUAAAAGUGAAGCAUUCAGGCCUUGAGAACUGAGCUAUUGGCUAUCACUGACAACUUUCAGUGAUGGUUUGGAGAUGCCUUCUGCCUCAUGAUGAAUAUUUGGAAUUAUUUAACCUCCAAAUGAUGUUUGCAGAAUUUGGGAUUCCUUAUGCCUGGGCUUGCUCAGUGCCCUCUUUUCUUGGACCCUGGAGGGACAGGCAGCAUGCACAGAGUCCAGUUUCUCUCUUGAGCUUUUGAUCUUCAUAGGUUUUACUGUAUUCAUAGACUAGAAUUCCUUGAGGUGAACCUACUACCUUUUUUAGGGCUGGGAGCAAAAGCUCCAUUUUCCCCAAACAUUCCACUCUUUUGUUCAUUUUCCAGCUAAUUCUUUGAGAUGGGCAGGUGUAGCGAAACGUGCACAACUCUGUGGACCCAGAAGCAUUCUGGAAAAGAAUGCCAGUACUCAGCCCCUUACCCAGGACCUAGCACUGUUCAAUGAUUGUGAAACACAAACACUGGUCACACAAACCAAAAGUGUUAAAAAGUAAUCACAUCACUGGCGACAUCUGGAUUGACAUUGUGGACAGACAUGCCAUGCAGUUAUCACAAGCUAUUUCAUUACAUUGCUAUAGAUGUAUUCCACGCAAUGUUUUUACAUUAACAUGCUUGCCUGUAUUUCAAUGUAUGCUAUUUUGAAAUCGCCUUAAUCAUUCCAAUUUUGUAUACCUCAAAAGACUUUUGUUUCUCGCUUUCGGACAACCUGCAUUUUUUUUUCCUCAUCGCUACACAGUACUGGAUUUGUAUUGGGUAGAAAAGGAGGGAUGGUACUAUUAGAAGCAAUAGGUCAGUGGUAGGCUGACAAGAGCACAAAUGUGGAGGAGAAAGCAUGCCUCUGCCCUGCAUUUAUGGUAAUGUGCAAUUCAUUUGGGCUUCCAUUCAUCAGAAUAAGAUGAAGGAAAACAAUUACCAAUUCAGAUUUUCUAUGCAAUGAUAAGAAAACUGUGUUAAUAUUUAAUACUGAAUUUAAUGUUACAUAUGGCGUAAAUUAAAAUGAUAUUGAUAUUGAGAAGCAAUGUUUGUAACUGUAACUCAUUGAUUGGCAUAACCUGUCAAAAGUGGGGUGUUGCUGAACAAUUGACAGGAUCAGUUGCCAAAGGCAUAGCCACAUUAAAGCAGUGAGUUAGUAGUGUGCAUGUCUGUCUGCAGAGCAUGACUUGCUGAUUCAGUGCUUGCCUUCCAUUUAGUAUUGCAGUUGUUAGUGUUGCCCAUAUUAAAUAUAUUGUAUGCACUUGCUAUUGGCAAGCCAUAACUAAGGAAAUUCUAUACUUGGAGAGACCUACCUGGUCACCCAUGGGAAUUCCCAGUCCUUGAGCACGCUAGUUCUGUUCAAGGUAUCCAAAGAGGGAUUCCUACCCUCUCAGCUCAUCUAGCUCACUGUUUCUGGAAUGGCAAUUCCCAAUUCAGAAGUACUUAAGCAUAUUUCCAUUAUGUCUUCUAAAACAAAUGCUAAACAUAGAAAUCUUGACCAGAGAAAGCUGCAUUAUGGUUUAAUAUGACCUCAUGACAGUAGGUUGGAGAAUAUUGAUUAUUUUCUUACCAUUGAGCUUUGGAAGGUCAAACUGUUUGUGUUAAAAAUGUUGAAUCCAAAAGUUUUGCAUUUGAAUCCAAAAGGAAUUUCUUUGUUUCUUAACCCCUUGCAAUAUGCCUACUUUAUUUCCUUCUCUGUAAUAUUACCCUUGGUACUAUGGUAAUCUAUCUUGAAAAAAAUGAGAUUAUAAAUUCUUCCCACACACCCAAUAUCAAUAUAAUCAAUUCAACUGCUGGAGUUCCGAUUUUAAAACAUAGUCAUCAUUGAUCCUCUGAGGUUCAGAUUUAUCUACCACCAGCUACUUCACAUUUUGCUUAUGCCUUAGACUAUCAGCCUAAUACUUCUACCAUAUCGCUAGCUGAAACCCAGAAAAUAAUUUUGAUCGUGGGUAUGUUUAUUCCAGUUGACCCAUUUGAUUCCAUCACAAGCCCCUCAAGUCAACAGCAGAGCCAUUAUUAUUCAUUUUUUUGCAAAGAUUCUUGUAGGUGCCAUUCUUUCUAGGCUGGUUGGCUUUGUUGCCUACUGUUCCUUCCCCAUAAACACCUUUGAUUAUAGUAUAACCAGUAUCUAUUAUCAUCCAUAUUCUGUCAUUAACCUGUUAGAAUGCACCAAUGUAUGCAACUGCAUCAAUAAUCAUCUCUCGAAAAAAAAAAAAUUAAUCUAAUUUUCAAAUCUAAUUUCAGAAUAUCCAGCAUUAAAAAUGUACAUAAAAUUAAUUGUGAAUCUAUAUGAAAGUGUAUAUUUUAAAAGCUAUAAAAGAUUUAUUGUUGAUAAGUUUAACGCAUUUAGAUUGUAGAUGAUUUCCGGGGAUGUGCAAUCAAAGAUUACUUCCUCUCAGUGUGGUAGUUGUGAAUGAAGAAAACAGAUGAUGUCUGUAAACCACUGCCACCACCCAUGAGAGUUAGCGUUCUCACCUCACAGAUGCAGAAGAGUGAAUUUCAUUCAAUCUUUCUCAAGCCACUCGUGGCCUGAUGUUUUCAUGCCACUUCAUUCAAAAGAAAACCCCAGUACGGAAAAUGAAACUUCAACAUUGGAAAAAUCAUCAUUUGUCAAAGUGGAAAAAUUAGUAUUAGAAGGGAAAUUAAUAUUUAAAUUAAUUUAAAGCUCUCACGAUUGGCAUCUCAAGCAAGGGUGAUAACACAGUGAACGCCGUGCAAACAUUCAGUAGAGAUGGACAUAAUAGACAAACAGUUGAGACCAAACUAUAAUCUCCAUGAAACAGGCUGUUCCUCAGGUUUUUUAAACACAUAUGGAGUUCUUUCAUCUAGGGGCCUGCAUAGUACAUAAAGGGUUACACUCACUGUCAAGUAAUUAGUGAUGGGCAUUAAUUGCUGGCCUUGCUUAUAACACCCACAGCCAGUACAAAAAGAUAUGUUGAUGCUCUAAUGCUGAAUUACUGGACUGUCACCAUUAAAGAACAUAACUGAGCUAUGCGAAUACCAAAAUAGCCAUUAAGUAGUCAAAAUUAGUGUGACAGUAUUGGAAAAUACCCUGCAGAUUCCAUGUACUGCACAUUACUAAUCAGCAUAGUCCCUAGACUCAGCCAUGUGGUUCAUUGUACACUGGCCAGGUUGAAUUACAAAACAAGAGUACGCACAGUCAAUAUCUAAAGCAGAAUUAAUAUAUAUUUUGUUCAGACACAUGCACGUAAAGUGAUACUUCAAGUGCACAAUGAUUCUAAAUGUAAACUGACUGCGGUACAUGUCAGGAGAUGUUUACAAAUAAUUCUAUUAAUCAUGCAGAUUCUUAAUUACAUUUGUGCAGUCUUUGAACAUUCAUUUGGAUUUCAAACAUGACUCAGGUUCAUCACCAAGCAAAUAUUCACUUAACGUGAAAAGUGUACACAUUUAAUAUGAAAUUGAGGACUGCAGAUGGAACACAUGCAAUGCAUGUCCUUUAUACGAACAGCACAAGUACACUGGCCACAGUAUAAAAAUCAAACAAAUUUGUCACUGACAUCAAAUUAUCACUCAGCUUUAUAAAAACCUCAAUCAUUUUGCAAUCACUAGUUUAUCAGUCAAGUUACUAUCUCAUCUCGCAGCUCAUCUGUUGUCCUCAUUCAUUAGUAAACCACAUUUCCAAGGGGAGGCAUCGCACUGAAUUCUCAGUGAAAGUGAAUUGUUAGAGGAGGGGGAAAUGAAUGAUAUUUAGAACCAAUUAGGCCCAAUAAUUAUAUUUAAGAGACAGCCCAGAUAACCGAAUGGAUUAAGAUGGGGAGCAAUUAAAACUCGAGACUGAUCUCAGGGUGUUAAUAAAGAAACCACGAUAGGUCCAGGCAUCGUGAGCCAAGCAGAGAAUAAUUUUGCUAAGUUCUCACAUCUAAUCAUGCACUGUAAAAUUAAUGUGUAUGGAAAUUUUAAGAGCUUCGAUCACAUCUUUCCCUCCCGCGCUCUUAAUCCAACAGUCUGAUAACCUGUUCUCAGUCUAUGAAUAAAGACUGGCUGGAGUGUGAAAGAAUAGCACCUGCUCGGGGAACUAUACACCAGCGAGGGAUCAAUGUCAAUAGAUGUAAAAGAAAAAGAAUAAAAAGUUCCUGCUUGUGCUGUAAAAUAUUGAAGUGUUUAAUGUUGGUAUCUUGCUUAUUUGAAUGCUCCAUUUGGUUCCCUCAAAUUUCAAAUCAGUAUUUGAUGAGAACUCCUGAAGAACUGAAUACCCCUAACUCUCCACUCUGUUUUUACCUGGUGCUUUACAUUCUAAUCUUCCUCUUUCAUCUGAUAGCAGGUAAAAUUUCUCUCUCAGCUCCAGUGCCUGUAUCCAUGGGAGCUCCAAGUAUACCCUAAGAGGUGGGAGAUAUGGACUAUAGAUCAUUGCUCCCCAAGUAGGAUCAUUUAGUUUCCCCAGUUCCUCCUUUUUUGUUGCCUGUCCAAUCCCUGUUUUAGCCCUUUUCCCCCAAUAAAAUGAAUUUUCAGUUAGUGCAGCCUACAUUUUAUUCAAGAUUAAACAUUUGAAUGCAGUUGAUUGACUGCUGAAAAUGAUACCCGUUUCUUUCUUGUAAAUAAUUGUAUAGCGUGUAAAUCUCAUUCAGAUUAUUUAAACAGCCACUGGGUGUGUUUCACACAUGCCAGCAAUCCUGCCAAUUCAUGCUUGUUUAAAAAAAAAUUAAAAAGCAAAAAAAACACCGUGUUUGCGGCUGAUUCGUAUAGACUGUUGAAAUAUUGUAUUCAGUUGUUAUCGUGUAGAGUUUUUACAUGUUGUGUAUGAAAAUGAAGUGACUUCCUAAUAUAAACCUAACUUCCAUGUAUUUGGAAAGAGGAGUGCAAAACUCACUGUUAUAAGUGCAAUGAAUAAUUCCUUGUUUGAACAUUGUAAAUGUAUGUAUGCUGCACUGUAUACUGUGGUUGUAGUAUUGAAUAUAUGAUAUUGUAUAAUGUGGUUGUGUAAAAUGUGUCUGACCAAAUCAUUUCCAUGGAAACCAAUAAAGACCUUGAUUUAAAAAUGUUAUGCUGGAGGUGAUUUGUCAUAACAAAGUCGACGAAAAAUAGAUUCACAAAACAUUGAGUUGACAGAGGAGAACCAGUAGAUUGUAUUUGGAUUUUCGGAAGGAAUCUGCUAAUGUACUCCCUGCCACAGAAGGUAGUUGAGGCCAGUUCAUUGACUAUAUUUAAGAGGGAGUUAGAUGUGGCCCUUGUGGCUAAAGGGAUCAGGGGGUAUGGAGAGAGGGCAGGUACAGGUUACCGAGUUGGAUGAUCAGCCAUGAUCAUAUUGAAUGGCGGUGCAGGCUCGAAAGGCCGAAUGGCCUACUCCUGCACCUAUUUUCUAUGUAUAAGCCCAGAGUAGGUGAAUCGAGGACCAGAGGACAUAGAUUUAAGGUGAAGGGGAAAGGAUUUAAUAGGAAUCUGAGGGAUAACUUUUUUUUUACACAAAGGGUGGUGGGUGUAUGGAACGAACUGCCAGAGGGGGUAGUUGAUGCUGGGUCUAUCCCAACAUUUAAGAAACAGCUAGGCAGGUACAUGGGUAGGACAGGUUUGGAGGGAUAUGGGCCAAACGCAUGUGGGACUUGUGCAGCUGGAACAUGUUGACUGGUGUGGGCAAGUUGGGCCGAAGUACCUGUUUCCACACUGUAUGACUAUGUCACUUGAAAAGGUGGUGUAUGAUAUUAGAACUCAUAGCAUUAGAGGGGAAGUGCAUAAGCUUGUAUUGAAGAUUGAUUAUCUCAUGUAAUACAGUGAGAAAUAAACAGGCAGGCUGGAAGGACAUAACCAUGUGUCAAUUAUUGGCCCUCAAUUAUUUAUAAUUUAUUGUUAAUAACUUGGAGGGUGAAAGAUUGUAAAGUAUCCAUCCAAAUUUGACAGAAAAAUAGGUGGGAGCUCAUGUGGCGAACACAUUUAAAUUCUGCAACAGGUUCAAUAGUUUGAGUGAGUUGGUGAAAACCUGACAAAGGAAGUUUAAUGUGGGAACGAUGUCUGGUCAUACACCUCUAAGGGAAAUUCAAAAACCCAAGUGGAGAAGAAUUGCAGAUGAGCAAUGGGCAGAGGGAUCAAGUUGUCUUUGUGCACAAAUCACAAUGAUUUAGCAGGGAGGUGCAACAAGUGGUUCGGAAGGCAAAUUACAUAUUGCUCUUUAUUGCAACAGACAUAAGGAAAUAACAUUACUAUCAUUCAGGGUAUUGGUGAAGCAACACCUGGAGUAUUGUGUACAGUUUGGGUCCUCUUGUUUAAGAAAAAUUAAAAAUGGCAUUGGAGGCAAUCCGAGUGAGAUUCACAAGGCCAAUUCCUGUGAUGAGAGGGUUGUGCUAUCACAAACAAGCAGCAAAAUAGAUUAGAUUCUUUGAAGUUUAGCAGAACGCGGGUGGCCUUAUUGAAACUUACAAGACCCCAAGGGAACAUAACAGGGUAGAUGUGGCGAUGUUUUCUCCAGUUGGAGAAUCUCCAUCAAGGGAACUUGAUUACAAGAUUAAGAGCCUGUCAUUUAGAAGUGAACGGCAUAUAGAUUCAUUUUCUGAUAUUCUCUGCUUAGAGGGUUGUGAGGAUACACCAUAGUAUUUAAUGAAGAAGUAUUGAGGUCUAUGGGAAUUUACAGCCAUGGUUACAUUAAAUGGCAGGGCAGGCUUGAGGUCCAAGUGGACUUCUCCUGUUCUCAUUUUCAUAUUUGAAUGACUGACCCUUUGCAAAUGCCAUGCAUUAUGUAUUAUUCAGUUCAAGCAAUGCACUUAAUUAAGGAGUUUGAAACAUAAACAAAACAAAACUCUUUUCCGCAGGCCUUAAAUCAUCUAUUCUCUAGUCACCUCUCACGGUAACAGCCAGCCAACCGGCCGUUGGCACUCGGGGCUAUUAUUUUUACUCGUGGACAUUUUUCAACAUGCUGAAAAACGCCCCAACUUACCUGAUGCUCCGAGUACCUACGGCUGGCAUUACGAACCGCUACGAAAUAUCUACGGACUCCUAUGGACUCGCUACAAACUCGCUACGGACAUUCUCCGAGUUUGAAUCAAGGGGAAAAAUCGGGAGAAUUCGUGAGUAACUCGGGAAAGUGGGACAGGGGCUUAACUUACACAUUUUUGAAUUAUGCGCUGCCUUUCAAGAAUGUAACCCAUGUAUAAAUCAUGAAAUGCCUGUAUAUGAAAAGACGUAGACCAAUUCAAAGCAUUAUAUGAUAUUCCAAUAGCUUC